AACAGUGCAUUUUCUAUAAGAGUGUAAACAUUAUCGAUUUCGACUUAUAAUAACGAACAAUAUGGUCUUUGACUGCAACGAAAAAGUCGCUUUGGUGACUGGUGGAGCGGCAGGAAUUGGUCUAGGAUAUGUAAAAAAACUUCUGAGCAAUGGGUUCAAGGGCGUAGCAAUUCUGGAUAUAGAUGAGUCCAAAGGGAAUCAGGUUGCAGCGGAGUUGGGACCGAAAGUAUUUUUCUUGAAGGUCGAUACCACAAACAAAGUUAAAUUUAGAGAUGCGUUUGUAAAGACAAUUGAAAAAUUUGGUGGACUGGAUCUGGUGAUCAACCAUGCGAGAAUUUGCAACGAAUCCGAUUUUGAGCUAAUGAUCGAUAUAAAUGCUAAAUCCGUUGUUACUGGAACUUUAUUGGCCAUAGAAUUCAUGAGAAAAGAUAAGGGUGGAAAAGGGGGAUUCGUAGUAAAUACUAGUUCCAUUUUGGGUUUGAGUGGGGCCAGUCUUGUACCCGUAUAUUACGCGACAAAGCACUUUAUCAUUGGUUUCGGUAAGUCAAUGGGAACUCCGGUUUACUACGAAAAGACCGGGAUAAAGGUGAUGACCAUAGCACCCGGACUAACUGAUACCAGAUUACCUAAUAAUGCCAAAUUUAAUUCUGGUUUCAAUGGGUUAGAGGAGCGCAGACCGAUUGUCAUGGAACAAUUCAAAUUGCAACCGGUGGAUGCAGUGGCAGAUUGUUUAUUGUUGGCUUUGAACGUUGGAAAUAAUGGCAGCGUUUGGGUAGUGGAAAAUGGACAGGAUCCUUUCGAAUUCAAACCGGAGCGACCGACUAUAACAUAAUAAUAUUCACGUCGAGUGUUUCAUUUGAGUGGAUUGAACUAAAAUGAUGGCUAUUAUUGUUAUUGUAAAUACUAAUAUCUAACGUAAUCGUAGCUACAAUAAAAUAACUUGAAUUGAA